UUUUGCUUUGCUUGACAAAUGCGCGUGCGUGCAUGUGCGUGUAGCUAGUGUUGUUCGCUGUGCAUGCACGAUGUCUCGCCGACCUGGGUAUUUUGGCCAAUUUCUGCAACGUAUUAAAAAAUCUUUUGUUAUAUAUAGAACAUCUGAAAAAUAUGUCGGAGAGGAUCACUUAGGAAAUAAAUAUUUUGAGAUCCAAAAAGAUGAGAAAUCUGGAGUAAAGGCAAAGAGGUCAUAUAAAGCUCAUACAGAAGAUCCUACCGCAGUCGGUGACAUUCCAACAGAAUGGGACUCUUGGCUAAGAUGGAGGAGAAAUGAUCCACCAAUGCAAGAGGAGAUUGAUAAAAAUUAUGCAAUGAUGAUGGCAAGACAAGCAAGAGCCCAAGAACAGGAUAUGAAAGAUAAACUGGAAGCAGAGGAAAAUUAUGAAGCUGGAACAGUUCAUCGUGUGGAAGCUUAUCAAGAUAAAUCAAAAUUCCCAACCUACUCGGAUUAUGAACAAGUGCCCGGUGUCGAGCCUAAAACAAAGGAAGACAGAUGACAACAGUGAGAUGAGAGGUUCAGGCUUGGAGUUUAUUUAUGAAGUGGACCGUACCCGGUACCGGAGUUUCUUCAACAUUUGUAUCAUCUGAAAAUGGAUUUAGAAUUGAUCUCUGAUGUGAAGUAAACCUGGAUCGGUAUUACAAUCAGUAAUUUAUGGAGUGCAUUGUUCCUCAAGAGUGACUGCAAAUAAAAAUGUUUAAAAAGA